UAGAGGAGGGGAAGGAAGGCUUAAAUGAGCUGGGAGAAGAAAGAAAGGAGAAUAGAGGACUGCUUGUUUCUCUUUGUGUUGGUUUGAAUAACGGCAAAGAGUUGGAAAGUCACGGAUAAGAUUUGCAAGUGUUUUGCAUUAGCUGAGGAAGAGGAGUGUGUGUGUUUCAGUUCACUUCACACACACUAACAGUGCUCACUCCGGAGAGCCGCGGACACGUGCUGAGCUUUCCUCUGCUUCAGAAACAUUAGUGUGAGUUCAUUAAGCUCAGUUACGUUUACUAUAGUGAACAGAACAGUAUUCGGCACGUAUUUCUACUGAAGUGCACCUCUGUGUCUUAACCGACACCCGACACGAUUUCAUUCCUCUCUACGUGGCGUUUUUUUCUCACGCUGAACCGACCGACACAGCGAGGACAAUCAAUCCAACAUCAGAGUUUCUUCCAGACUUCCACUAUCAGCCAUAACAGCAGACCAUGGCCGCGGUAACAACCCCGGAGUCGAGCCCGCAGCCCCGGGUCUUCUUCCAAACUCCCCCCGGUACUGAAAAAACCGAGACCCCGGUCCGAAAACAGGGACGAGUCACAGUAAAGUACGAUCGGAAAGAACUGAGAAAGAGACUGAACCUGGAGGAGUGGAUCAUUGAUCAGCUCACUGAACUGUACGACUGCGAGGAGGAGGCCAUUCCAGAGCUAGAGAUAGAUGUGGAUGAAUUGUUGGACAUGCAGAAUGAUGAAGAUCGGGCUGCACGUGUUAGGGAUCUGCUGGUGGACUGUUACAAACCUACUGAGGACUUUGUAGUUGAGUUGCUGGAUAAGAUCCGUGGCAUGCAGAAGCUCAGCACACCUCAAAAGAAAUAAUGCUCGUCCUAAUCCCCCGAACCAAUCCUGCCUUCUCCACUUCACCCAGUGCUCAACCGGUCACCUGGGUAGAAGGAGGAUGUAAAGUGAUGGGGAAUCUAGCCAAUCAGAUACUUAUAAGCAGGGCUUAUUUUGUUUGUUCUCAUUUUGUUAACUUUAUGGUAUUUUCUUUGUUUUGUAAACGGGGAAGAAUUUGCUAGUGUUUUGAAGCAUUUGUAGAAAUUCACUAUAUAUUUCUACAUGUUGGUAUUAGAUGUGAUGACUUUUUUCUCUGAUGCAAUACUUAACGUGUGUCCCAAGUGGCCGCACUGACUAUAUAAGUGCUGUUUCUAGUUGGUAAUGUUUAGAAAUGUUUUUAUAAGCGUGAAAAAGGAGAGAAUAUGCAGUCUUGUUUCUGUGGAAGGUAUUAACUGGGAACUGUUAUUUGCUGAAAUGAAAGAUGACAAGAGGGAAUAGAGAUUGUAAAUUAAGCUUUUUUAAAAAUAGACAUGUAUGGACAGAAACACACAAAUGGGUGUCAUAACCCUCAGGGAUCAGUGGGAACUCACACACACAGACCUGCACACCGGCUUUAUUUUAUUGGCACAUGGAGUUGAGGGGGUAAUAGCUACAAUCUGGAAGGUCUUGAGGGCUGCCAGUUCAUAAGCCCUCAAUUAAUCUUUUCAUGUCAUUUUGCUAAAUCGUUCUUCGCAGAAUGUCAUCUGCUUCCCUUCUCAUGGCAAUCACACAACUAUAAUGGGGCUAAUCAUAUAUUCUGGGCAUUUUUUACAUACUAAUUACUGUAUUGUUCCAGACACAAUUAAAUGCAGAACAUCUGACAUCCUGUCUUGUAAUAACAACUAUUAAUUGGUAGCUACAAGCUACACAAAACCUGGCUAAUACCAGCAUACCCUUUAUCCAUGAUAUGGCUUUGUCAUUUACUUUUCCCCCCUUAUCGGAAUGUACCCUCUUACAGAUUUGCCAUGAACAGUAUAUACAUAUAUACAAAAUCUUGUGAGGAGAGUAUACUGUAGUCUUCAUUUUUAACAUACAGACAGUACAAUCCAUAUCUUAAAUGAAAGAACAUUUAAAACUAUUAAAACGUUUAGCCAUCAGGUUGGAUUUUCUAAGGAAUUAGUAUACAGUUUGAUUCAGUUCUUCUGGUAGUACAUGAUACACUAAUAUAGACCUCUGCAUUACCAUGAAAGACACUUUUGGCCCCAAGUAACAGCUUGUAGCUGGCAGUACUGGUUAAAAAUGACUCUGGAAAAGCCAUGCAAAUUAGCAUUUGAUAAAACUCAUUGUAAUUUUUGAACAGUGGCCUCCUAUACAUAUUAUUCCUGCAACCUACUUACUGUAUGUACUCAGCAUAUAUACUCAGCUUGCCUUUGAAGACUGCUGGGGAAAAAUAAAAUAAAUAAAAUUAAAAGUUACCUAAAUGCACACCCACCUCUGGUAAAUGUCUGCAAUAUGUCAGACAGCAGAAAACUGUAAUAUGGUGGGAAAUCUUGUGGGUGCGGUUAGACAAGUGCAGACCUGAAAUUAAUAUUCUGGUUUUGGUUUAUUUAUCAUCUUUUCUACUCUCAAAAUAAACGAGACAUAUGUUGUGCCAUUUAUUUAUCAAAUUAUAUUGUCCCCUGGCUUGUCUUCUCCUGUUGUUGCCCUGCUAUGACGAUGUUUUAGACCAGGCUUGUUUUUCUAGGUACUGCAUCGGCCAAUAUUCACAGUCCUUCCAGUACUUACCUGGGAAUUUCCAGUUAAAAGUGCUAAUAUGUAAAAGAGAUGCGAGUUUCCCCCUGAGCUCCAAAACCUCUUGUUUCUUUCUAUUAAGUACCUUUGAAUCACCUUCUGCUACUUCCAACCUCCUUUUUCCCAACCCCUUCCUUUUUUAAGAUCAGACGUUGCCUUAGAUCACAAACCAAAUAAGUUAAGGCAUUACUUUCAAGAACAUGCAGAGCAAGGAAAAAUGUUUGUGCUUUAUGAAUUAAAGCCUAGUUUUUAAACGCUACGUUUCUGGAGAAAUAAAAGGUGACUUUUAUUUUACUACAUUUAUUAGACCAUUUUUGAUGCGAAUAAUAAAAUGAGGAUAAUUUUUAUUAUGUAGUCAGACAAUGAUGAUUCUGAUAUUAGUCUGUAUCUGAAGGUCAUAUUAGAAAAAAUGUGUGUGUAGCAAUAAAGAGUUGUUUCCCGGUUUUGUUACACUUUU